UGUACCAUAAUGGUUUUAUUAGUUAUGAUUUAAACCAACAUUAUUCUGUUGUUCUGUGUAACAGACGCGAAAAGUCUUGAAAUGAAAUAUGUCUGUAUGUAGAGGGAUAAUCUGAAUUUGUGCUUGUGAAUGCUGAAAUGAUCUUGUAACUAUAGAACAAAGUACGGUACUGGAAUAUCAGAAUAAUAAAAGAAGACGUUCUGCAUUAUCAUCCCAAAAAACACAAAAACGUAAUUAUGAACAUAUCAUUAGAAGAGCAUGAUGAGAGAAGUUUCCAUGGAACUUGGCGAGUUAACAAGUUUGAAGGAUUUGAAGAGGGUGCUACCGCUAGAAACAAUGAAAAUGAAAUUGAAGGGACUGAGUUAACAUUGGAUGAAGGAUAUGAUGUCAGAUGGAAAAUACCGACCAACGUUGAGGCAAUUCCAUUGUUUUCAUGUGAAUCCUAUGAAGUUAUAUUGACAAAUCCAGCCCAGCUAACUUUUGUCAGUAGUUCGGUUGGUCGAAUCGGUCCUUUUGCUGCUAAAUUUGAAGAAGAUGAACUAGAGUUAACCUAUGAUAAGGCUUUCAUAUUAUAUUGUGUAAAGGUACCUCAAUCAGAGCAAAUUCAAGAGUUGCCAUUCUCAUUUCAACCUGCUUUAGAUAAUGGAUAUUUUUCUGAUCUGAUCAUUACUAGUUCAUCAGGAAAAAAUUACCCAGCCCACAGAGUAAUAUUAAAGUUAGGAUGUCCAGAACGAUCAUGGGAAUCUCCUAGUUCAAAACAAUCAUCUUAUCAAGCCUGCAUUCUUGAUGGAUUAUCGGAUUCCGCACUUUCAACUGUUUUGCAUUAUUUAUAUACGGAAUCGUUACCACCUGGUCUCUCAGAGAUUGCUUCGAGAGAAUGUACCGAUGCAAUAUCAAAGAUUUCAGGACUGGGAAAAUUAAAUCAACUCUGCCAAUCGUAUUUAGAGAACUAUGCAGUACGAACAAAAAUUGAACAUUUAUGUGACGAGCUUGAAAACUGUGGUAGAAAAAUUAACCAGUUUAUUCGGUCCAAACCUGAAUCAUCACAGAUUCAAUCUGAUUCUGCAUCAUUGUGGAUUGGAUUGAAGCAAGCAGUUCGAGAAUUUGCUGUCGCAAUUUUGAUCGUGCUCCAAAUCUGCAAGUUAUUCUCUGAUCAUCGGAAUGAACUUUCAAGAGAGGAAAGGCACAGGAUAAUGAAGCAUUGUAAAAAUAGAAUUCCCGGUCUGCUUAUGUUGACAUCAGAAUUUUAUGAAAUCGUGUCUUCUCAUCUCAGUAAACAGACUAGUGAAGAUCGAACUGAAUUUGCAUCUUACUUUCUAACUGAGGCUGAACCAUUAUUUGCUGAAGCAAAUGAGAUCAUUUCUGAAAUUCGUAAAGCUCUUGAGGUUAUCAUCAAUUCUGAUACUAUCAACAAACAUAGACAGAAGGAAAGCAUCAUCGCAAAAACCUUGAAAAAUGCGGUACAUAUCAAAGAAUUGGCAAAGUUACGUCGGGUGCACAGUAAAAUUGCUGAAUUCAUUUUCAAUCUUUCUCUGAAGAAAGAACAUUUUUCUUCAUUAUCAAGAGAAGAUAAACUCAAAGCUGCUUCCAAUGUCAUCGAAUGUACAACUGAUGAGAUUCCAGUUUUUUUGGACAGAUUGUCUGACUGGCAUGACAAUCUUGAUAUGAAAUUAUCAUGGACAAGAUGGAAAUAUUUUUUCAAAAUGGGAGUUGCUAAAGUGGCAUGGUUUAUAGAGAAAUCUCGAUACAGCAGACAAUCAAUGUUGAAGGCACUUGAUUCAAUUCGUAAUUUGGUUCAACGUGAAGAUUUUGAUGCUGGUCUUGUUUCACUGGGUUUAAUUGAUAAUGUAGAGAAAGCAUCAUCUCGAGGCCCGCAAGGUUUGGACAAAACGAAGACGCAGCAGUCUCAGGACGUGGAGUCACUGUGUAUAUCACCAGUACCUCGUGAUAGCGUGCUGUCAUCUCAUGCAAGUCAACUGUUUAAUUCUCUUGAUUCUGCAAAUAAUUUCUCGGACAUGAAGUUUAUUGUUCAUUAUUUUGAAGAUGAAAAACCAAUGACAAAAAUACUGAAGGCACAUCGGGUUAUCGUAUCAUGUAGAUGUGAUUGGUUCAGAAGAGCAUUGUUAAGUGGAAUGAAGGAAGACAUAAAACGUGAAAUCAACAUAUACGAGUGCAAUCCUGAUUUAUUUGAAGAUUUUCUUCGGUAUUUAUACACUGGAAGAUUAGAUUGCAAUAAUAUAGGUGUGGAUACAUUGGCUGAUAUGAUCGCACUUUCAGAUCAAUAUGAGGUGGAUUCACUUAAAUCUGUAUGUGAAGGGGCAUUGAAACCUCUGAUAACAAAUGAAAACGUACUAGAGUUGUUGAGUAUCGGAGAACAGUUCAAUGCAUCAUCAUUAAGAGAAUGCUGUAUGCAUCAUAUCCUGCUAAAUCCCAAUAUACUGGAAUCGGAAAUAUACAAUGAAUUACCGCCCAAGUUACAAAUCGAAAUUAGAGAUUUAACAGAGUGGAAUCAAAGAGAUUUAAGAAAAAAAUUGCCAUCUAUGUCAAGUGCUCAACCUAGGACAAAACACCGCAGUCCUCUUUCCAGUCAACCUACAUCACCUUCAGAAACAGAUGAAGACUUGCGUUCUGAAAUGGAAAUGAUUGAUCAUUUGACCCACAGACUACAUUUACGACAACGAGUUGAUAGCUCGGAUUCCGAAGAGGAGUUUAAGGAAAAUGUAAGUUACGUUGAAGGACGCCGCUCUUGCGUCAUCGAACUACAAUCAAUACUUGGGAAUGAAAUCCCGUCUGACGAACUAGAAAGAAUAGCCAUGGCUGCCGAUUUUGACGUCAACAGAGCACUUAAUUUUUAUUUUUCUUCUCAAGAUUGAAUCGCAAUAUACAGAUUUAAAAUAGGGAUUUAGCCAUUAAAAUAUCUGUUAAUAUAUUUUCUAUUUUGUUCCAAGAGCAGUAUUCUAAUUCUGUUUUAACUGUUUUCAAGCUUAAUUGGGUACUCGUAAAGUAUGCGUACCAAGAUGGCGGACACCAGAACGUAGUAUGUGUGCCAGUUUAGGUUUAGGCCAUAAUUUGUUUCCAAUUUUCCCUAUUUUAGUUCUAUUACGAGUUGGGGGACGAGCCAGGUGACUCCCAUAGUAUUUGUACCUAAAAUUAUAGCCUAACCCUAAACUGAUACACGUACUACGUUCCGGUGUCUGCCAUCUUGGUGCGCAUACUUCAGGAGCGCCCUUGAUUGUAUAUGGCCCUUCCUUUACCCAGAGAUGGAACCAUUUCAUUCUGUAAUUUUUACAUUUUAAACUUAGUUAUUGUUUUGGUAAUUGUUAAUAGUAUGUAUUUUUAGUGAAAUUUACAAUAUUACAUUUCAAAAUUGAAGAUAUUCAUGGUUUCCACUAUGGCACUGCUACUACAAAUUAUGAUGAAAAAUACAUUUUCAAAUUGCUGACUAUUUUCAAUUUUCUUUAUACAUUCUGUGUGAAACUCCUGUAACAGUUUGAUUGCAAUAAAGAUUUUUUUCACUGGUGAUAAAUGCUGAAA